GAUUUGCUUUGCAGUUUGCGUCCUUCAUGAAGCAUUAUUUUUUGCAUAAAUCGGAGUAAAAGAAUUUCAUAAUUAUAACUUUUUACACAAAAUAUAAUUCUUGCUUUAUAUUAUACGUUAUUGGUGAAGUUCAAGUACGCUUUUAUUAAAACAUUGUAGUCACGAAGCGCUUUAAUACUAAUUAUAAUUGCGCUUAUAGCUUGUGUUGUUCAUCGUAAUUAAUGAAAUCUCCCAAUAUGGAAAAGAUAUUUAAAACAUUUUAGUGUUAUAACUUCUUGUUAAGCGGUGUACUUUCAUAGUUCAGGUGCUUAGUUCAUUUACCUCGAACUAAUCGCAUUCCAUAGGGAACUAUGGUUAGAAUCAAAUUUGUGCCCGUAGCUACUGUGAACUUUUCGGCGUGGUGAUACCGUAAACUAAUUAGAAAAUAUGUAAAUAAACAUGAACGAUAUAGAUAUCAAAAUAGUGGAUUCACCGAAGGACCGGUUACUGGUUGCUGCAGAGUCACCUUUGCCGGAAAAUUCGGGUGAUAAUGAGGUCGACCCCUUGUGCAUUGACGAGGAUAUGAACUCGGCUAAAGACUUGCUGCCCGUAGAUAAGACUGGCUUAGAAGAAGAUGUGGGCAACUGUGAUGAUAACACCAAAGAAGAAGUAGAAAAUGAACCUAAGGAAGCUACUCCUGAAUUAAAGGAAAACUCAAAUAUAAUAGCUGAGCAAAAUUGCAUCAACAAUAUUGAAGAGGAAACUGCCAAAACAUCUGAUCUGAUUGAAGGGCAUAAUGAUACAAAUGAUGGAGUUGUAACCAAAGAGGAAAGUAGAGACCUACCCCUAGAAGUGAAGAGUAAAGAAACAUCUGAAAAAGAGGUUGAAGGCGAUGUUGAAAUGUCCGAAGCCCCAGUAGAUAAAACAGAGAAAGAGACUAAACCUAGUCUUUCUGUUAAUGGGGAUGUUAUUAAGGAGGAACCUGUGAAACGGAGAGCUAGUGAAGAUAUUGAUACUGAAUCUCCAUUGAAGAAGCUGUGUCAAGAAGUUGAAAAGACAUUUCCACAGCAUGAUAUCAUGAUAACUGACUACAUUCAAACAGCCACCAAAAAUAAUGUUGAUGAAAUUCAAAGGCACACAGAACAACUUCUGUCGGAAAUACAAACACUAAGAGAACUUGCACAAAAGAAAGAACACGAAUGGAACAAUAUACUACACCUAAAAAAAGUCAAAGAAGAAAUUCUCCUCAGGCUACUGAGACGAAAACAAGUUCUAUCAUUUGAGAAAUCACCAGACGUGAAUGGCGCGGAGCGUUGCGAUCCAUUCGACUAUUUGAAUCAAGCCAAGAAUUUAGCAAUCGAUAAGAGUGAUGAAAUUUCUGGUCUGUCAUUGAAACCGCCUGGAUCUGCGAAUCCAAUGAUUCAACCACCAGUGAUGCCAGUCACGACGCACUUUAAUUUAAUGUCAGGGUUGCCACCGCCAUAUGAUAAGACGGCCCACAUGCCAAUGUCAAAACCAAUGUUUCCACAAGGGUUGAUGAUGCCCGGUCCGAUGCCAGGUUUCCCGAGAGAUAUGAAUGGACAAUUACCCUCUAGUUACGGGAUGCCUAUGGGUCGACAAGGUCCAAUAAAGGAUGUUAAGUCUAUAAUAGCGGAUUAUAGACAACGCAAUCCUGAAAUGGCGCCGCGGAGAGGUAGGCGCAUGAAGUCGAUUGUUAAUCCGAAUAUUAUGAACCCUAGGCCCAUAGCACCCAAGAUGGAUAAUGUUAACAGCUUGGGAAACUUAAAUAUGCUAUUCAAUAAUUUGGAUAUGAAUCAAAAAGCAAUGCUAGAACGUCUCCAACAAAUGCAAGCAGGGGGAUUGCCCAAUGGUUUAUCGUUCAAGGAUGUGUUAGUGCAGUUUGCGAACAUGCAACAACCUGGUAUGAUGAACAGGCCAAUGGAUAUGCCGCGGCCAGAACACAUCCGACCAGAUAGAAGAAGACAGGAGAGGAAUGAAGAAAUGCAUAAACAGGCAGAAAGGCUGGCGUCACCAAGUCCAAGACUGCCCCCUCCGCCACCUUACCCUGAAAUAUCUCUUCUCCCAGUCAACUCCAGUCAGGAAAACACGCAGCAAAACUCAUUGCUGCACGGCAUCCUUACAAAGCAGGCGUCACCUGCGACUCAGAGUUACUCGCCGACGUUGGCUAAACUGCUUACGUCACCCGAAGGGAAACAGGCGCCGUUGACAACUUUCGGUCAGGCCAAGAAUUGUGGCGAGAUCACAAUUACACCGGUGCAGCCGACACCACCACCGCAAGAAACGCAGACGCAAGAGAAACAAGAUGUUGGACAAUUGAAUGUACGGCAGGACGACGAAGAAAGCCCCGCUUCCGAGGGUGAGGCACCGGGUAGCGGGGGCUCUGGGGGUUCCGCAGGGUGUGCAGGCUCCCCGGGGGGCUCCGGCAGACUCGUCAUCGACGAAGCCGCAGAGGACACGCCCCUCUGUCAGGGCUGUCGUGCAAGAGACGCCCAGUUCGUCUGCGCGGGAUGUGCCAAUCAGUGGUAUUGCAGCCGAGAGUGUCAGGUGGCUGCGUGGGAUGAACACUCAGAAAUGUGUUCAGGCUGAAAGAUGGUUAAGUAGUGUUAGGUUAUCGCAUAUAUUGUAGAUUUUGCCUUACGUAUUUACUGAAAUGAUUCAACUAUGGCGGAUUAAUCGUGUCCAUAGAUAUAAAAAACCGCAAAAUAUACAAUAACCGGUUUUCAAAGUGAAACUCACAGUGACACCGAUUUUAUAAUUAGGGGAAAAUAUUAUUUUAGAACAGUGAAACAGAUAUGACAUCUGAAAUAAUAAAUAAAAAAUUAUAAUAAACUCUAAUUCGUAUCUUAAAUCUAGUUAACACUGUCAAAUAUGUCAAACUUUAUAUUGUCUAAAUAGUUUGACAGUUUAGCGCUGUAAUCUAUAUGUAUAGAUUAUUAUCUAUGGGAGGUUUUACAAGUAUGAUGACGUUUUCACCUGUCACUGCUGUCACUGACAAGUAAACACUAAUUACUUAAUAAAAAAAAAGCUCUCAAAUGGAGCAUAAAGAUCACAAUUAAUCUGCUUUAGUCAAUAAGUACUACGAAUAAUCGGUAAUAGGUGAAUCUCUUGUUCCUUGUGUGUUUGAUAGACUAUGCGAAAAAUAUCAUUUUGACAAAAACAAUAGUUUUGAUUAUGAAAAGACAAUAAAACAGUAUUUCUUUGUUUAUAGUAUUUUUCAAACAUUAAUCUAUGGUAUUGACUUGUAUAAAUCCAGCUACAGACUAAAUUUUAAAUAAAUCAUGUUUUUUUCAAGUGUUUGACAAUAAAAUUAGUUCCAUACUUUACAUAUGUUUUGAUUUUCGAAUUGGAUUUCUAAAAUCUCCAAAAAAUUUAAAUAGCUCGUGGCAUUUUCAGUCUUAAUACAGAAAUAAUUUAUUCUGACAUAAAUUUCAACAUUCUAGUCUUGUCACAAAAAUUAUUAAAAUAUUUUAUUAUUACUGUAUUAUUUCUAGAAAAAACUAUUCAGAAUACCAGUUACAAUUUCUUUUGGCACGAUUUAAACGAACUUUAUUUCUAAAGAGAAUAUGUUCAUUUUUGUACUUACAUCAUAGAACUGCCAAAAGAUCCUUGUAUGGAAAGAUUUGGAAAUCUUAUUCGAAGACCUCAUACGAGAAUUAUAGAUUUUUUUAAUGAAUAAUUUUUUACACACUUCAGUAUUGAUAAAUCUCCCAUUAUGUAUAUAAUAUAUAUGCUUUGUCAUAAUAAUAGCUUAGUUAGCCCCUAAGGUCAUUCCUUGAAUAUUUUAGCAUAGUAAAUUAUUUAUGUAUCAAAUGUAUCGUGGAUUUAAUUAAUUGAUUAUAUUAUAUAAAACAAAUAAUUGUAAUCGAUUACAAAAAUUAUUUUAUCUGCGUUUUAAACUAUAGGGUUUAAUUUUGCAGUGACGAACAUCAGAACAAACCACUUGUUAUUCGUAAGUUGAGUAUAGGUACCCAUUAAGGUACUAGUAAAUCAAAUAAGUCAUGUCAAUAAUUACUAUAUAAAAAAAAUUACAAAUCAUAAAAUUAUCUAUGAUUUACCUUCAUGGUGCGUUUGUAAACUAUCCGACGCCCACCUAUCGCCUCAAAAAGGAUCGGAAAUCAUUAUUUAUUUUUACAAGCAAUGUUAAAUGUCAAAACUUUUUUAUACUUUCGAAGUUCAAAAUACUACUAAAUAAUUACCGACUAAGUUUUAAUUACGUUUAAUAGUUGUGAAAACAGUGAUUAAUUUAUCGCAAAUUUGAAUUGACAAGUCGUUCCUACAAUGUUAAUUGUCAUUAGAAAUUAUUUCAGAUGUCAAAUUUUUAAAUUUGGAACAUUUACUUUAUUGGCCAUUAUCGACGGCGUGGUGUACGAACGCACUCUUUGUAUUGUAUCAAUAAUUUUGUAUAUUUAUUUCAAAUACAUCGACGCCUUAAGUUCUAUAGCCCUAGUUAGUGUAUAAGAUGUAAUUUAUAAUUGAGAGUAUGUGAAACUUGGAACUCAAAUCUUCGUGUAAUUAGAAUGUAAGUAUAAGAUGUCCGUAAAUGUUGUUUUAUUCAGUGUGACUUUGUGUGUCACUAGAUGGCGCUAUGCUUAAAAUAAAUUGUUACUUUUCGAUGUGAAUAUUACACGGUAUAUUUAAUUUUCAUACAACUUCACCAAAUAGUUUGUGCCUUUUAUCAACGUAAGCAAUAUUAUUUAAGAUAUCUAAACAUUUCUUCGGCCUAACAUGUUUUUUUUUCCUUAAGAAAAACUUUAAUCUUAAAAGAUUUUUGGUUGCUAUUCAGGUUUCGCCUGUUAAUUUGUGGUUUAAUAUCUACGAUUGCUGGCAAAUGCUCAAAUUCGAACAAAUUUAAUAGAUAUUUUUCAAGUUUUAAACUCAGACAUUUAAUUGUAAUUUAAAUUUUUUAAAGUUGUUUGUGAUAUAUCGCUGUCGUCUCGGGUCCUUUAUGGAUCUAUACACCCACGACACAGUCUCUAAUAAAAUCCAAUAGUUGUAAAACUGGUUAAAACAUCUUUUAUUCGUUAAUUUUGCAUAUUUUUUAUUACUAAUUUGCUAAAUACUAAAGGUUUCCGCGGAGUUUUCACUCAGAUUGUUGGGUAAUUUCACUUUGAAAUUACAUAUUCAAUAAAACCGAUGUCAAAAUUAGAUUACUAAAAAUCAAUAGAAUAGAAGAAUAUCUUACACUUAUGUAGAGUAUUUGCUAAGCAUAAAAGAGAGAGAGUCAUUAAAAUAAUUUACAUACAUAAUCAUGAUUUUACGAUUUUUCAAUUAAAUCAGUUUGUAAAUGUGCUAAUUUUUUAAUAUUGUAAAUAAAACUUGGCGCUCGUGUUAGUUCCGUUCCGACCGUGCCAAAACUACUAAACAGAUGUGCAUACAGUUCGCAAAGGUUAUAUUUUUAUAUCGCUAUAGAUGCUUUUUGUGUAAGCUUAAUGUAAGGUUUGAAGGUGUAAGGUAAGGUGAAAAGUCGAAAGGUUACAACAUUUUAGAACACAAAUACAUCAUUGAAAUUGUCCCUUAGAAUCAAUAGGGUAAUUCUCAAGUCGUUACCUUAAGAUUGACUGUCGUAACACAGCGAUAUGUAAUAUUAUAUCAAAAACAUACGGGAGUCUCCUAAGUUUUAACUCAGAAAGUUGCCUUAACGUAUAAUGGAACAAAAAUGUCAGUCAGGACUUUAUAAAAAGAUCAUCUUUGUGGUUGAACUAGAGGUCAUCUUAUAAAUAAAAUAUGUAAUACAUUUAAUGGGCCACAAGCUCGGGUUCUCUGCCAACGUAUACAUACGUAUUCAUAACGCAAGCUUUAUUAAUGAGUGUUGAAUAAUAAAGAGACACCCUGCGUCCCAAUGGUAAAAAGACUGGCGAAGUUAGUAAAAUAUUUCUUGUUUUAAAAUGUCUACGACUUACGACUUUUCACCUCUAAGGCUUAAAUAUAUAGCUUUGAGUUAAGCACCGACUUGAGCUUAUGCUAAGCAUUAUCUGUCGAAUAUUAAUAUCGAAACUCCUCUCAACACUUUAUAUUUAAGCCUCAUUCCAAAACAGAUGAACUAUGAAGAUCUAUAAAUAUAUUUUCUAUUUGAAAUAGAGUUCUGUGAAAUAACUAUUUUCUCUCAAAGGUUUUGUGAAUUUUCGUGGUACUUUUUAUUUUUAUACAUAACCAGUGUACACAAUGUUAGAAAUGUUAAUAUAUAGGUUAAAAGCUAUCGUAUUUGUGUUCGCUUCGAAUGUAUAACUUGACUUUGAAUUUAACGUUCAAAUAUUAUAAAGACCGCCUUUUCACGUGACAACGUCUAAUAAAUCGAUGAACGCCGGCUGCACGCACGAAAAAGCAUGACUUAUUGUCCCGUUACGCUCAUUGUACGUUUGCGCCGCAUCUAUCUCUCUUCCACUCGUAGACUUAAGAAUGUAGUCAUUUCAUCAAUGUUGGGUUAUGACGUUGUCAUGUUAAACUAUUGUCCGUAAACGACUUUACAGACAACCAUUUUUUUAAAUUGAUUCAUUACGAAAAGUCGCAAAAAAUUAUAGUGGAUUUAAAACCUGUCUGCAGGGUUACUCUCUAAAACACUUAAUAGCUACUACAGCUAAGUGCCGAGACCAUUACGAGAUAAUCUAUUUCAAUAUAAGUAACGCUGUUUCAUUUCGCUUGCGCGUUGUACGAAUAGUCAAUUUUGAGAUCGGAACGUAACAAGUGACAGUACUACGAAUUAUCGAUGAGUGUAGGACACAUUGGAAAAAAUUGUUGCAUUUUGCAAAAGAUUCUCAAUUACUACAGAAACAUGGCUGUUAUUUCUAUAGUUAUAAGUAACUAGUCUUGUGUUUUUGUCGCAUGUGAACUAAAAGAUUGCAUGCUGGACUAUAACUCCUAGUAGCGACUUGAUAGCCCCCUUUGAAUUAAUUAUGAGAUUACAGCGAAUUUGCAUUCAAAAAUAUCGUGGGAUUGGAAGGAAACACUUGUGGGCCUUGAGCGCUUCGCUAAUUCGCCGUAAUAUUUCGUUCAGCAAUAAAUUGAAUUUUAUUAAAUUGCAUAUUAUAGAAAAUAGGCGUGUCUUGUUUUAAAAUCGCUAGUCAAGUGUUUCGUUACCUACAUAACUGUUUAUGUAUUUUGUAACUUAUAUUUUAAUAAGAUAUUAAAUCAGUACUGUCUUUCAAA